GCAGGCAGGUGCUGUUGCUGUCCCUGUUGAUGGUCUCACUGCUCCGAACUGUGUAUCAGCGUUUCUUCUCCAUGGCGGCUGAAGCCUAUACCCCAGGGAGCCUGUCAGCUGCCUUUGUCACCUGCCCCAAUGAGAAAGUGGGCAAGGAGAUUGCAAGGGCGAUGGUGGAGAAGUACCUGGCUGCCUGUGUCAACAUCAUGCCUCAGAUCACAUCCCUAUACGAGUGGAAGGGGAAGAUCGAAGAGGACAGGGAGGUGCUGCUGAUGAUCAAAACCCGGAGUUCCCAGAUCCCAGCGCUGACCGACUUUGUCCGGUCGGUGCACCCAUACGAAGUAGCAGAGGUGAUUGCGCUGCCCAUCCAGCAGGGAAAUGCACCAUAUCUGCAGUGGGUUGGGGAGACUGUGCCAGAGUGA